AUGUCGUCCAACGUCGGUCUCUCCACGCCUCGCGGGUCCGGCACGUCAGGCUACGUCCAGCGCAAUCUCUCCCUUCUGAAACCUCGGGCCGCUGGCGUCGGCGUGCCCUACAGCCUCGACUCCGCAAAGGCGCCCAAGGUGCGGAAACCAGAUCAAGAGAUCUUGAACCACGACCGACUGCGAGAGAUCGAGGUCAAAGUCCUGGAGCUGCGGGAGAAACUAGAGGACGAAGGACAAGUCGACGAGGACAAGAUUGACGAGCAGUGCGACCGGUUGAGGGAGACGCUGACGAAAGACAUGGAGAAAGAGAAGCAACGCACGACGCCGGGAGGCGGAGGAGGCCCCAGGAGGAUCGACGGCAAGGGCCUGAAGAGCUAUCAAGUGCACGAGCUGGCCGAGGCCAAGGAACGUGAGAGCGAGCGGUUACGCAGGGCGCUGGGCCUGAAGCCUGGCGAGAUUCCAGAGGACGGGGAGCAUCCCAUGGCAAGGCAGGAGAAGAGACGGCGAGAACGCGAGGGAUUGCUGGAGAAACCUGAUGCUGAUGCGGAUGAACAUGCCUAA